GUCGCAGCUGUGAGCUGUUAUCCAGCGUUUCUCAGGAGGGAAGAGUUGGGGAGGCUCUGGCAGCUUGGGGAACGUUUAAACUUUAAAUUCACCGGUUUGCAGGAACGCACAAAGUGGAAUAGCAGAUUGAAACUCAAGUGAAUGGGAAGUGAGCACCUUCUUUACUGUAAGGUUGCUAAGAUUUACUGAAACUCUUUGAAGAUGGCAUCAGAAGAGGAGUUUGAUGAUGAGUUUGAGGAGGAGUAUGAAGAGUACUAUGAGGAGGGUCCAACAAUCACCACCAGGACCACCACCACUACUAAAGUGUCUCAUGGUGUAGAGCCUGGGCCUGGUGAUCUUCCUAGACGCAAAGUUAGGAAGAGGGCAAAGGUGGACACCUCCAAAUUCAUGACACCUUACCUGGCACACAGUCAGAAGAUGCUUGACCAGUACAGCCACAAUAAAUACAGGGAGGAAUAUGAAAAAUCAAAGGGGCAACCCUAUGUCAUUUCGGCUGACACACCUGAGAUGAUUCGCAUCAAGAAGGCCCAGGAACAGCUUAGUGAGAUUAAAUACCGUAUGGAGGGGCUGAAGGGAACCAGUCUCUACGAUGGUCAAGCUCGUGAGAUUGUCCAUGCGAAGAAUGUCUCUGAGCUUCUCAGCAAAGCUCUGUACAGGCAGAAAUGGGAUGAGACCAAGGAAAGGUACUUGCUGCCUCCUGAUGCCCCUGAAAUGGUUCUUGCUGUAAAGAAUGCAGCAAAUUAUAGCAAGAAACUGUACACGGAGGCAUGGGAUGAGGAAAAGACCAUGUACUAUCCAUAUAGUGACAGCCCAGAACUGCGCAGGGUGGCCAAAGCCCAAGAAGUCCUCAGUGAUAUUGUCUACAAGAAGGGUCAUGAUGAGCGAAAGCGCAAGUACACUUGUCUGGCUAAUCCUCCAGAGAUGGAACAGGCGAAGAAAAACUUUGAAAAUCGUAGUGAUCUUAAAUAUCAUGAGGAUUACAACAAAAAUGUUAAGGGCCAGUGGUGUGAAACUCCUUACUUCGAUAUCGCUGUCGGAAAAAUGGCCAUGGACAACAUCAGUGAAAAAAAAUAUACCGCAGCUUUUGAAGACAUGAAAGACCAAAUUUACUUCAUGCAAACAGAGACGCCAACAUACGAUUCAAAUAAAAAGGCUCAACAUGCUGCAAGUUCGGUGAAAUAUAGAAAGGACUAUGAGAAAACAAAAGAUCAAUCCGAUUACAACGUUCUCCCUGCUACAGAGAACCCCCUUCUCAGACAGCUGAGAUACGCCGGCACCAUUUUGAGUGAUAAAGUGUACAAGGACAGCUAUGAGAAAUCAAAGGGAUUCAGCAUCAAUUACUGCGAUACUCCCAAAUUCAAGAUGGACAGUGUAUUGAAGAAGUUUACUGACGCACAUUAUAAAGACACGUAUGAAAAGGCCGUGAAAGGUCAUUACAUCGGUAGCUAUGAAGAUAUAUAUAUGCUUCACUGCCAGAAGGUGGAGGAAAUGAAGAAUGACAAAAAUUACAAAGCUGAUUAUGAGGAUAUGAAGUCAAGGUGUUUCUUCCCCCAAACUGUUACGCCUGAAUAUGAGGCCAGUAAGAAGCUUCAAGAAUGUAAUGAAAAAGCAUAUCGCCAACAUCCAGACAAGGUUAAGUUUACACAGGUGACAGACUCACCUGUCAUGGUUCAAGCUGCCAUCAACGCCAAACAGCUGAGCGAUCUCAACUACAAGGAACAAUAUGAGAAAGAGAAGUUUAAGUGUUACCUCCCUCCUGACUAUCCUUUCUUCAUUCAGUCCAGAGUUAACGCAUAUAAUUUAAGUGACACUUGUUACAAGUAUGAAUGGGACAAGACAAAAUCAAAGAAAUUUGAGGUGAAAGGAGAUGCGAUUCCAAUCCUCGCAGCUCGCGCCCACACCAACAUCGCUAGUGAUGUUAAAUACAAGAAGGAAUACGAGAAGAACAGAGGGCAGAUGAUUGGGGCACUCAGCAUUCAGGAUGACCCCAAAAUCUUGCACUCAGUACAUGUUGCUAAGAUGCAAAGCGAGCGUGAAUAUAAGAAAGACUAUGAAAAGACAAAGACCAAGUAUCAUACGCCACUGGACAUGAUGCUUGUGACUCUUGCUAAGAAAUCUCAGGCUAUUGCCAGCAUGACUGGCUACAAGAAGAUCUCAAACCGUUAUCUCAUGCCUUAUGACAGCAUACCGUUGGACACGGCAAAGAAGGCAAAUGCCAUCCAGAGUGAUAAUGAGUACAAGUCAGAAUACAACAACUAUGUCAAAGGAACGCCGUGGGUGCCUUAUGGCUCCUUGGAUGUUGAGAAGUGCAAGAAAGCAGGAGAUAUCUUAAGCGAGAAAAAGUACAGGCAGCAUCCGGACACUGUACCUUUUACCUCUAUAGAUGACCAUCCCAUCCAGAUGCAGGCUAAGCUCAACCAAAUGAUCAGAAGUGAUCUGCACUAUAAGAAAGGCCUAGAGGACAUCCAUCAGAAAUAUUCCCUGCCACCUGAUGUCCCAGAGUUGCUUCAGGCCAGAUGUAAUGCGUACAACAUAAGCAAUAAUAACUAUAAGGUUGAAUGGCUGAAGACUAUUGCAAAGGGCUACGAUCUGAAGCCUGAUGCCAUCUCUGUAAUUGCAGCGAAGGCAGCAAGACAUGCUGCUAGUGAUGUUCAGUACAAGAAACAGUACAUGAAGGAUAGAGGUCACCACGUUGGCUUCCGUAGUCUUCAUGAUGACCCAUUGCUGGUGCACUACAUGCAUGUGGCUAAGAUGCAAAGUGAAAGGAACUACACGAAGGAUUAUCACAAAGCCAAGCUAAAGUAUCACACCCCUGUAGAUAUGCUGAGUGUAGCACAUGCCAAGCAUUCAUCUAAUGUUCAGACAUACAUAGGAUACAGGCAGCCUCUUCAUCGCUAUACCAUGCUUCCUGAUGCAAUGAAUCUGGAGUUGGCUCGCUCCAUGAACCACAGCUCCAGUGAUUACCAGUAUAAACAGGAUUACGAGAACUAUGUCAAAGGAACCGGCUGGAUCCCCAUUGGUUCGCUGGACGUUGAGAAGGCUAAGACUGCUGGUGCAGCUCUCAAUGAGAAAAAGUACAGGCAGCACCCAGACACCAUCAAGUUCACCAGCGUUGUGGACUCCCCUGUUAUGGAACAGGCCAAAAUAAAUGCACUGCAGCUAAGCGAUAGACUCUACAAAGCCAGUGGUGAGAAAUUUAUGCACACCUAUCAUCUCCCUGCUGAUGCACCAGACUUCCUGCAAGCCAAAUAUAACGCUGUCAAUGUUAGCAAGACCUACUAUACGUACGCACACAAGCAGGAUCUCUUGAAAGGACAUCACGUGAAGCAAGACGCCAUUUCUAUUGUCGCUGCAAAAAGCUCUAGGGAUAUUGCCAGUGAUUACAAGUAUAAGCUUGCUCAUCAGAAGGCCAGGGGCAAACAUGUUGGCUUCCGUAGUCUUCAGGAUGAUCCCUUGCUGGUGCACUACAUGAAUGUGGCCAAGAUACAAAGUGAAAGGAACUACAAAAAAGAUUACCACAAGGCCAAGCUGAAGUACCACUCCCCUGUGGACAUGCUUAGCAUAGUACAAGCCAAGCAGGCAUCUAAAGUUCAAACAAAUACAGGCUACAAGAAGGUUCACCACAAUUAUUUGCUACUACCAGAUGCCAUGCACAUUGGACUAGCUCGCAAUAUGAUGGAGAUCCAAAGCGAUAACUUGUAUAAAUCAGAGUACAACAACAUCUACAAAGGAGCUGGUUGGGUCCCAAUAGGUUCGAUUGAUGUUGAGAAGGCCAAGACAGCCAGAGCAGCCCUCGAUGAGAAGUCAUACAGAACUCACCCCAGUACGCUGAAAUUCACCAGUCUGACAGACCAGAUGAACAUGGUCUUGGCCAUGAGCAACUCCAAACUACAAGAUAAAGCUGCCUAUAAAGCCUCUGGAGAGAAAUUCAUGCACACCUACAAUUUACCUGCUGAUGCACCAGAGUUCCUGCAGGCCAAAUAUAAUGCCCAGACAAUGAGUGAGUCCCACUACAAGGCUCGGUGGCUUGCAGACAUCGCCAAAGGCUAUGACAUGAAAGCUGAUGCUAUUCCUAUUGUUGCUGCUAAACUCGGCAGACACAUUGCCAGUAAUUAUCAGUACAAAAAAGCUUUUGAGAAGGCAAGAGGUCAGCACGUUGGCUUCCGUAGCCUUCAGGAUGACCCCCUGCUGGUGCACUACAUGAAUGUGGCCAAGAUACAGAGUGAUAGAAACUACAAAAAGGAUUACCACAAGGCCAAGCUGAAGUACCACACCCCUGUAGACAUGCUGAGUAUCAUACAGGCCAAGAAUGCCUCCAAGGCUCAAACAUAUGCAGGAUAUAAGCAGCCUUUGCAUCGCUACACACUGCUUCCUGAUGCCAUGAGUCUGGCGUUAGCUCGCUCCAUGAAUGUCAGCUCCAGCGAUGUUGAGUACAAGAGUGAAUACAACAACAUUAUGAAAGGAAUAGGAUGGGUGCCAAUUGGAUCCCUGGGAGUAGAGACAGCGAAGUUAGGAGGAAAGAUUCUGAGUGAACAUAAUUACCGCACUCACCCCUCCAAUUACACCUUCCACAAGCAUAUGGACUCUAUGGACCUCGCAUUGGCCACUGCUAACAACAAAAUCAUGGACAAGAAAUCCUACCAUGCAGCCUGGGAAAGUGAUAAGACCAAAACUCAUGUGAUGCCUGACAUUCCUGAAAUUGUAUUGGCCAAGGCAAAUGCAUUGAACAUGAGUCAGAAACUCUACAAAGCUGGUCUAGAGGAAAUGUAUAAAAAAGGCUAUGAUCUCAAACCAGAUGCUAUUUCCAUUGUGGCCGCCAAAACCGGCAGGAAUAUUGCUAGCGAUUACAAAUAUAAGCUGGCAUACGAGAAGGCAAGAGGUCACCACGUUGGCUUCCGUAGUCUUCAGGAUGACCCCUUACUGGUGCACUACAUGAAUGUGGCCAAGAUACAGAGUGAAAGAAACUACAAGAAGGAUUACCACAAGGCCAAGCUGAAGUACCACACCCCUGUUGAUAUGUUGAGUAUUGUGCAGGCCAAGAAUGCAUCUAAGGCUCAAACAUAUGCAGGAUAUAAGCAGCCUUUGCAUCGCUACACAAUGCUUCCUGAUGCCAUGAGUCUGGCAUUAGCCCGCUCUAUGAAUGUCAGCGCCAGCGAUGUUGAGUACAAGAGUGAAUACAACAGCAUUAUGAAAGGUAUUGGAUGGGUGCCAAUUGGGUCCCUGGGAGUAGAGACCGCAAAGAUUGGAGGAAAGAUUCUGAGUGAACAUAAUUACCGCACUCAUCCCUCCAAUUACACCUUCCACAAGCAUAUGGACUCUAUGGACCUCGCCUUGGCUGCUGCUAACAACAAAAUCAUGGACAAGCAAGCAUACACAGAGGCUUGGAACAAAGAUAAGACAAAAAUCCACAUCAUGCCUGACAGUCCUGAGAUUCUUCUUGCCAAAAUGAAUGCAGUCAACAUUAGUGAGAAAGCCUACAAAGCAGGAUUGGAAGCCCUAAAGAAGAAAGGCCAUGAUCUUAGAGCUGAUGCUGUAUCAGUGAUUGCAGCUAGAGCCUCCACAAACAUUGCCAGUGACUACAAGUACAAAAAGGAGUACAACAAAGAAAGAGGACAUCACGUUGGCUUCCGUAGUCUUCAGGAUGACCCCUUGCUGGUGCACUACAUGCAUGUGGCCAAGAUACAGAGUGAUCGACUCUACCAGAAGGAUUACCACAAGGCAAAGCUGAAGUACCACUCCCCUGUAGAUAUGUUGAGUAUUGUGCAGGCCAAGCAGACUACAGCUGCUCAAACCUAUGCUGGAUACAAGCAGCUCAUUAGACAUUGUAAAGUUCUUCCUGAUGCCAUGAACUUUCAGCUGACUCGCAACAUGCAGAUGAUCGCAAGUGAUAACAUCUACAAAUCUGAGUAUAACAGUUACAUGAAAGGAAUUGGAUGGAUUCCCAUUGGGUCUCUGGACGUGGAGAAAGCAAAGAAUGCUAGUCGGAUAGGCAGUGAGAAACUGUACCGUACACACCCCAGUAACUAUAAAUUCACUAAAGAAAUGUCUUCCAUGGAUUUGGUUCUAGCUGCGACCAACAAUGCAAUCAAUAAUAAGCAAAAAUAUUUGGAAGCCUGGGAAAAUGACAAAACCAAGGUUCACAUUAAGCCAGAUUCUAUGGAAGUGUCUCUUGCUCGUCAGAAUCAAGUUCAUUACAGUGAGAAACAGUACAGACUUGCCCACGAACUUUCCAAGAAGAAGGGUCAUGAUUUGCGUGGUGAUGCUAUUUCUAUCCUUGCUGCCAGGGCCUCCAGGGACAUUGCUAGUGAUUACAAAUACAAGACUGGUUAUCGUAAACAAGUUGGCCAUCAUAUUGGAGCCCUCAGCAUCCAGGAUGAUCCACUGCUCAUGCUGGCCUUGAACUCAGCUAAGAUUGCUAGCGAUGCUCUCUACAGGAAGGACUUUAACAAAUCCAAAACUAAGUACAAACUUCCAGUUGACAUGCUGGCAUUUGAACUGGCCAAGAAGAACCAGAUCCAGGUCAAUGAUGCCAACUACAGAACCUACCUGCACAACUGGACCUGCCUGCCAGACUCCAGUGAUGUUGUCCAUGCCAGACAUGUCUAUGAACUCCAGAGCGAUGCUGUAUACAAGGCUGAUCUGAAAUGGCUUCAAGGUCUUGGAUGGGUCCCAAUCGGUUCCCUUGAUGUUGAAAAAGCAAAGAAGGCAGGAGAAAUCAUGAGUGAGAAACGUUAUCGUCAGCACCCAAGCAACUACAAGUUUACCCUCACAACUGAAGACAUGCCGCUGGUUUUGGCCAAAGCCAAUAAUCAGAUCAUAAACAAGAGCAAAUACACUGAAGCUUGGAACAAAGAUAAGACACAGAUUCACAUCAUGCCUGAUGCAAUGGACGUGGUGCUUGCAAAGCAAAACAAGGUCAUCUAUAGUGAGAACCAAUAUAAACUUGCCCAUGAACUUUCCAAGAAGAAGGGUCAUGAUUUGCGUGGUGAUGCUAUUUCUAUCCUUGCUGCCAGGGCCUCCAGGGACAUUGCUAGUGAUUACAAAUACAAGACGGGUUAUCGUAAACAAGUUGGUCAUCAUAUUGGAGCCCUCAGCAUCCAGGAUGAUCCACUGCUCAUGCUAGCCUUGAACUCAGCUAAGAUUGCUAGCGAUGCUCUCUACAGGAAGGACUUUAACAAAUCCAAAACUAAGUACAAACUUCCAGUUGACAUGCUGUCAUUUGAACUGGCCAAGAAGAACCAGAUCCAGGUCAAUGAUACCAACUACAGAACCUACCUGCACAACUGGACCUGCCUGCCAGACUCCAAUGACGUUGUCCAUGCCAGACAUGUCUAUGAACUCCAGAGUGAUGCUGUUUACAAGGCUGAUCUGAAAUGGCUUCAAGGACUUGGGUGGGUACCCAUUGGUUCCCUUGAUGUUGAGAAGGCUAAAAAGGCUGGAGAAAUCAUGAGUGAAAGGAAAUAUCGUGAACACCCUAGCAAAUUUAAGUUCAAACUCACAACUGAAGAUAUGCCAAUGGCUUUGGCUAAAGCCAACAAUACUAUCAUGAAUAAGCAACAAUAUGUGGAAGCCUGGAACAAGGCCAAAACAACGAUUCAUGUCAUGCCAGAUGCUAUUGACAUUAUACAUGCUAAACAGAACAAGGCCAACUACAGCGAAAAAUUAUACAAGCUUGCUAAUGAAGAAGCUAAAAAGAAGGGAUAUGACCUGCGCAGUGAUGCCGUCUCCAUCAAAGCAGCCAAGGCCUCGAGGGAUAUAGCCAGUGAUUAUAAGUACAAGACUGGUUAUCGUCAGCAAGUCGGUCAUCACAUUGGAGCCCGCUGUAUCGAGGAUGAUCCACUGCUUGUGCUUGCCUUGAACUCAGCUAAGAUUGCUAGUGAUGCUCUCUAUAAGAAGGACUUUAACAAAUCCAAGACCAAGUACAACCUACCAGCAGACAUGUUGAAUCUUGAGCUGGCAAAAAAAUGCCAGAUCCAGGUCAAUGAUUUCAAUUACAGAACCCACUUGCACAACUGGACCUGCUUGCCAGACUCCAAUGAUGUUGUCCACGCCAGACACGUCUAUGACCUCAAGAGUGAUGCUGUGUACAAAGCUGAUUUAAAAUGGCUUCAAGGAAUUGGAUGGGUGCCCAUUGGCUCAAUUGAUGUUGAGAAAGCAAAGAAGGCUGGAGAAAUCUUGAGUGAAAGAAAGUACCGUCAACACCCAAGCAACUUCAAAUUUACCUGCACAACUGAAGACAUGCCAAUUGUUUUGGCCAAAGCCAAUGCAGGCAUCAUGAACAAGAGAAGUUACGUAGAAGCUUGGGAUAAAGCAAAGACCACAAUCCAUGUCAUGCCGGAUACAAUGGAAAUAAUGCUGGCCAAACAAAACAAAAUCAACUACAGUGAGAAAUUAUAUAAGCUUGCCAAUGAGGAGGCCAAAAAGAAAGGCUAUGACAUACGUGGUGAUGCCGUUUCUAUUAAAGCAGCUAAAGCAUCUCGGGAUAUUGCCAGUGAUUACAAGUACAAAGCUGGUUAUCGUAAGCAAGUUGGUCAUCACAUUGGAGCCCUCAGCGUCCAGGAUGAUCCACUGCUCAUGCUAGCCUUGAACUCAGCCAGGAUCGCUAGUGAUGUUCUCUACAAAAAGGACUUCAACAAAUCCAAAACUAAGUUCAACCUCCCUGUGGACAUGUUGGCAUUUGAAUUGGCUAAGAAGAACCAGAUCCAGGUCAAUGAUGCCAACUACAGAACCUACCUGCAUAACUGGACCUGCCUGCCAGACUCCAAUGAUGUUGUUCACGCCAGACACGUCUAUGAACUCCAGAGUGAUGCGGUGUAUAAGGCUGAUCUAAAAUGGCUUCAAGGAAUUGGAUGGGUCCCUAUUGGUUCAAUUGAUGUUGAGAAAGCGAAAAAGGCUGGAGAAAUCUUAAAUGAAAGGAAAUACCGUGAGCACCCAAGCAACUUCAAGUUCACCCUCACAACUGAAGACAUGCCACUGGCCUUAGCUAAAAGUAAUGCUACCAUUAACAACAAGAAACUUUACACUGAAGCCUGGGACAAUGCAAAGACCCAAAUCCAUGUUAUGCCUGACUGCAUGGAGGUUUUGUUGGCAAAGCAGAACAAUCUAAAUUACAGUGAGAAAAGAUACAAGCAAGCCAAUGAAGACUCCAAGAAAAAGGGCUAUGACUUACGUGCAGAUGCUGUUGCCAUCAAAGCAGCUAAGGCAUCCAGAGAUAUCAUCAGUGAUUACAAAUACAAGUCUGGUUAUCGUAAACAAGUUGGUCAUCAUAUUGGAGCCCGCUGUAUCCAGGAUGAUCCACUGGUCAUGCUUGCCUUGAACUCGGCUAAGAUUGCUAGUGACGCUCUCUAUAAGAAGGACUUUAACAAAUCCAAGACCAAGUACAACCUACCAGCGGACAUGCUGACCCUUGAGCUGGCUAAGAAAUGCCAAAUCCAAGUCAAUGAUUUCAAUUACAGAACCUACCUGCACAACUGGACCUGCUUGCCAGACUCCAAUGACGUUGUCCAGGCCAGGAAGAUUUAUGAUCUGCGUAGUGAUAUCGUGUACAAAGCAGACAUGGAGUUUAUGACAGGUCUAGGGUGGGUACCCAUAGGCUCACUUGAGGUCCUGAAGGCAAAGAAAGCAGCUGAAAUCCUCAGUGAGCGCUUGUACAGGCAGAAACCUGAAACGUUUAAAUUUACAACAGACAUGGAGUCCAUGCCCAUGGUGCUUGCCAAGACAAAUGCUCAAAUUAUGAAUCAGCGUGACUACCAUGCAGCGUGGGAGGUUGACAAGACCAAGAUCCACAUCCCUCCUGAUACUCCAGAAAUUGUGCUUUCAAACGCUAAUGCAAUUAACAGUAGUAGGAAACUAUACAGACAAGGUGUUGAAGAGAUCUUCAGGCAAGGCUAUGACCUUAAAUCCGACGCUGUUGCCAUUAAAGCUGCCAAAGCAUCCAGAGACAUUAUCAGUGAUUACAAGUACAAGGCUGGUUAUCGUAAGCAAGUCGGUCAUCACAUUGGAGCCCGCUGUAUCGAGGAUGACCCACUGCUUGUGCUGGCCGUGAACUCUGCCAAGAUUGCUAGUGAUGCUCUCUACAAGAAGGACUUUAAUAAAUCCAAAACUAAGUUCCACCUUCCUGUGGAUAUGUUGAAUCUUGAACUGGCUAAAAAAUGCCAGAUCCAGGUCAAUGAUUUCAAUUACAGAACUCACCUGCAUAACUGGACCUGCCUGCCAGACUCCAAUGAUGUUGUUCAGGCCAGAAAAGUCUAUGAUCUUCGAAGCGAUGCUGUGUAUAAGGCUGAUCUUGAAUGGAUCAGGGGUACAGGGUGGGUUCCCAUUGGCUCCCUUGACGUAUUAAAAGCCAAAAAAGCCGGUGAGAUUCUGAGCGACAGGAUGUACCGGCAACAUCCAAGCAACUACAAGUUUACAAGUAAAACAGAUGCAAUGCCUUUUGCUCUCGCCCAAGCCAAUGCCAAAGUCAUGGACAAGAAUGCAUAUGUUGAAGCCUGGAAUAAGGAUAAGAUCAAUAUCCAUGUCAUGCCCGACACCCCCGAAAUUAUCCUUGGACAACAGAACAGACUCAACACAAGCCACAAAUACUACCGUCAAGCCUAUGAGGAUAGCCUUAAGAAGGGCUACUUUCUGCCUAAGGAUGCCGUUGCAGUGACAGCUGCCAAGGCUUCAAGAGAUAUCAUAAGCGAUUACAAGUACAAGUCUGGCUACAGGAAGCAACAAGGACACCACAUUGGAGCUCUCAGCAUCCAUGACGAUCCCUUGAUAAUGCUGGCCUCUAACGCAGGCAAGAUCGCUAGUGAUAAUUUGUACAAGAAAGAUUUUAACAAAUCCAAGACCAAGUACAACCUACCAGCGGACAUGCUGUCUCUUGAACUGGCUAAGAAAUGCCAGAUACAAGUUAACGAUGUCAACUACAGAACCUACCUGCACAACUGGACCUGCUUACCAGACUCUAAUGAUGUUGUCCAGGCCAGAAAGGUCUAUGACCUGCGCAGUGAUGCUGUGUACCAAGCUGACCUUGAAUGGAUCCGUGGGUGUGGAUGGAUGCCACAUGGAUCUGUUGAUGUCGUAAAAGCCAAGAACGCUCAAACGAUUCUAAAUGAACGACUAUACCGCCAGCCUCCCAGCACCAUCAAGUUCACCAGUAUUGUGGACCUGCCUGCCAUAGUCCUUUCCAAACAAAAUGCUGAUAUUCUCAGUGAUAGGAAAUACAGAGAGGCAUGGGAUAUAGAUAAGACAUCCAUCCACAUCAUGCCAGACACGCCUGCCAUUGAGUUGUCCAGAGCUAAUGCUAUUGCUGUCAGCAAUAGAUUGUACAGCAAAGAAUGGGAUGCUACAAAGGCAAAGGCAUACCAAAUCAAAGAGGAUGCUGUCUCUGUUAUUAAGGCCAAAGCCUCUAGAGAUAUAGCCAGUGAUUACAAGUACAAGGCUGGUUAUCGUAAGCAAGUCGGUCAUCACAUUGGAGCCCGCUGUAUCCAGGAUGAUCCACUGCUUGUGCUGGCCGUGAACUCUGGCAAGAUUGCAAGUGAUGUUCUCUACAAGAAGGACUUUAAUAAAUCCAAAACAAAGUUCCACCUUCCUGUGGAUAUGUUGACUCUUGAGCUGGCUAAAAAAUGCCAGAUCCAGGUCAAUGAUUUCAAUUACAGAACCUACCUGCACAACUGGACCUGCUUGCCAGACUCCAAUGAUGUUGUCCAGGCCAGGAAGGUUUAUGAUCUGCGUAGUGAUGCUGUAUACAAGGCUGACCUAGAGUGGCUGAGGGGAUGUGGAUGGAUUCCCCAUGAGUCUGUUGAAGUCCUCAAAGUUAGGAAUGCCCAGAAGAUCCUAGCUGAUAGAGGAUACCGUGUUAAGUUGGAUGAGCAGAAAUAUUCAACACCCAUUGACCGAGUUGACUUUGUGUGUUCCAAAAACGCAGCUGAUGUCCUCAAUGAGGCCAAGUAUCGUGAGGCCUGGCAUGAAGACAAGACUAAAUACUCUCUGACAGAUACUCCACUUUUGGCUACAUCUAGGGAAGUGGCCAAGAUGCACCACCCGCACCUGUACACUAAAGACUGGAACCAGACCAAAGACACGUCAUACUACAUGCCUGGAGAUGCUGUUCCGAUUAAACAAAACAUCAGCAACACUAAAGUGCAGAGUAUGUACAAAUACAAAGAGGGCUACCGUAAGCAAGUUGGUCAUCAUAUUGGAGCCCUUAGCGUCCAGGAUGAUCCACUGCUCAUGCUGGCUUUGAAUUCAGCUAAGAUUGCUAGCGAUGCUCUCUACAAGAAGGACUUUAACAAAUCCAAGACGAAAUUCAACCUCCCAGUGGACAUGCUGGCAUUUGAACAUGCAAAGAAAUGCCAGAUCCAAGUCAAUGACGAAAACUACAGAACCCGUUUGCACCAAUGGACUUGCCUGCCUGAUCAAAACGAUGUCAUUCAGGCCCGUAAAGCGUAUGACCUGGCUAGUGACAAUGUCUACAAAUCAGAUUUAGAAUGGAUUCGUGGUUGUGGUUGGGUGGCUGCGGAUUGUGUAGAUCAUGUCAAAGUCAGAAAAGCCCAGGAGAUUCUGAACGAAAGACUUUACACAAAGGAUGCCAAGGACAAUUUUGCAAGAUUUACCCACAUUGUGGAUCGCCCUGAGGUUGUCCUAGCAAAGGUUAACGCUUUCAACCUUAGUGAUCUGAAGUACAAGGAAUCCUUUAACCUGGAGAAGGGCCACUAUAUUGGAUCUGCAGAUACACCACAGUUGGCUCACAGUAGAGAGGCUGCAAAGCUUCUCAGUGAGAAACUGUACAAAGAUGCCUGGGACGAAAGCAAAGCUACAGGCUACCAGCUAGACCAAGAAUACAUACCAGUAAAAUCAGCCAAGAAAUCCAGAGACAUUAUCAGUAAUGUCAAGUACAAUGAUGCUCAUGAAAAAGCCAAAGGCCAUUACAUGGCUUCAACACUGGUAGACUUCCCUGAGGUGGUCCGAUCUGGUCAAAUGGAGAAGAUGAAGAAUUUGCGAGACUACCACAAAGACUACAAUGAAACCAAAACUAAGCUCCACAUUCCUUCUGACAUGAUCAGCCAUGUGGUUGCUAAGAAAUGCCAGGAUAUCUUGAGUGAUGUGCUAUACCGUACAUAUCUGCACCAGUGGACAUGCCACCCUGAUCAGAAUGAUGCCAUCCAAGCCCGCAAAGCAAAUGAGAUCUUAAGUGACGUAUUUUACAAAGAAGACCUGAACUGGAUGAAAGGCAUUGGCUGUUAUGUAUGGGACACUCCUGAGAUCUUGCGUGCAAAGAAGUCAUAUGAUCUUCAGAGUGAUAUUCAAUACAAAGCAGAAGGCAAGAAGGAAUUCAACAACUACUCCAUUGUGACAGACACCCCUGCGUACGUAACUGCUAUCCUGGGCCACACCUGGGCCAGUGAGUUGAACUACAGAGAGGCAUAUCAUAAGGAGAAACACAUUUACACCACUAUUCUUGACACCUAUGACUAUCCAAGAUACGUCAACCUAAAGCAGAUCUACAGCACUAAAGCAUAUUCUGCAGCUUGGGACACAAUCAAGGCCAAGAGCUACAGUAUCCCUCACGACUCCCAUGCCUUAGCCCAUGCCAAACAGCAGAAGGUUGUCCUUAGCAAUAUUAAAUACAAAGAAGAGUAUGAGAAGUUUAAGAGUCUGUACAGCCUGCCCAAGUGUCUUGAGGAGGACCCAGCCACUUCAAGGUGCAUCAAAGCUGGAAAACUUGUACUGGAUCGCCUGUACAAAGGCGCCUAUGAGAAGACCAAGGCAAAGGUCCACGUACCUCCAGACAUGCUUGAGAUAGUAUCUGCACGCAACACUCAGAAAAUGAUCAGCGGGGUUGACUACCGUAAAUACCUGCACCAGUGGAUCUGCCUGCCUGACAUGCAGGUGUACGUGCAGGCUCGCAAGGUCAACGAGCAACUGAGCGAUAUCUUCUACAAAGAUGACCUCAACUGGUUAAAGGGUAUUGGCUGCUACGCUUGGGACACUCCAGAGAUUCUUCGCUGUAAGCACGCAAUGAACCUGCAGAGUGACAAUCUGUACAAAGCUAAGGGAAUCGAUCACUUGAAGAACUUCUCUGUGGUUAUGGACACUCCUGUCUAUGAGACAUGCAAACAGAGCGCUCUGAACUUGAGCAAUCUCAACUACCGCAGUGACUAUGUCACAAAUGUCUUGGGUACAAACACGGCUCCUGCUGUGACUGUUGAUACUGAAAGAGCUCGGCUAGCCAACUACAUCCAGAGCGAACACAUCUACAAAGAGGCCAAUAAGAGCUUUAUGCCUACUGGCUACACUCUGCCAUACGACACUCCACUCAACAAGCAGGCCAAAACCAACACCACUACCACCAGCAAUGUUAAGUACAGGGAAGCCUAUGACCUAAUGAAAGCCAAGGGCUACACCCUAGACCCUGAAGGUGUCAACUUUGUCAAUAUCAGAAAGAUGAACAAGGUCAUCAACGAGCGACUUUAUCGUGAGCAAUAUCACAGGGAAAAAGACAAGAUUCACUCCGAGUAUGACACUCCUGAGAUCAGACAGGUUAAAGCUACCCAGCACGCAGUCAGUGAUCUCUGCUAUAAGGAGAAGUACUACAAUAACAGAGGAAACUAUAUAUCCCUGCCUAUCACCCCUGAGCUGAUGCACUAUUUCCAUGUCAAUGAGAUCAACAGUGAUCUGAAAUAUAAAGAGGAUCUGCACUGGCUCAGAGGCCUUGGCUGCUUUGUGUUUGACUCUCCAGAAAUGGUCAGGAUCCGUAAAAUCACAGAUUUUAAGAAAUCAUAUGAAGUUGAUGCGAAGAAGAACUUAUCCAAUUUUAGUGUAGUCCUGGACACACCAGAGUACAAGCGAGUGACUGAGCUCAAGACCCACAUCAGUGAUCUGGUGUACCGAGCUCAUGGCCUUAAGGAGAAGUCAAAAUGUUCAAUCACUGUGGAUGGUUUGGAGAUUAAGAGAGCCAAGUGGGCCCAGACACUGACCAAUCAUUACCAAUACGUUGAUCUUGCAUCUAAAGAGAGAGCCUUCUACACCCCUGAAGCCCAUACUCCUUACUUGAAUCAUGCUCGGUCCAUGAAAGUGAUGUACAGUGAGAAAAAGUACAAGGAACAAUAUGAGAAGAUGAAGCACAGGUACACUCCCAUCAGAGACACACCAAUCCUGAUUCGUUGCAAGAAAGCCUACCUCAAUGCUAGUGAUCUGCGCUACAAAGAGACCUUUGAGCUGUCCAAGGGACGCUACCAUCCUCACAAGGAAGCCCGAGAUAUUGUUUGCGCCAAGAGAGUCAGAGAUGAUAUCAGCGAGGUCAAAUACAGGGAGAAGUACAUCAGUUCCUUGGGUACCUGGAAGUCCAUCCCAGACCGUCCUGAGUUUUUCCACAGCCGAAUUGUGGGGAACAACGUCAGUGAUGUCAAGUACAAAGAAGAUCUAGAAUGGAUCAAGGGCAUCGGCUGCUAUGUGUGGGACACACCUGAGUUGUUGCGGGCUGAACAUAACAAGAGUCUCUAUAGCGAAAGACUUUACAAAACAUCAUUUGAGAAGAACAGAUACAACUUCAAGUACACAUCUGACACACCAUUCUUUACGAUGACCAAGAAUGCUUCACUUCUGAUCAAUGAGGGAAAAUAUAAAAUCAAGGCUAAGGAAUUACUCAAGAGUGGCUGCAAUGAGCUGCUCCGCCCUGAUAUCCUCAAUGCCCUGUACAACUCUGGCAUGUGGAGUAAGUGGAGGUACAGAGAGCAAUAUGAACGUGCCAAGUCGAAGUUCACCUCAAUUCUGGAUACUCCUUAUUACAAAGUUGCCAAGCGCAGCAAGGAGAUCAGCGAUAUCAUCUAUCAAAUGGAGUACCACAAGACCAAAGCAAGAGGUUACACACUUGGACCUGACACUCCCCAUGGCCAUCACAUGAGGAAGGUCAAAGACCUCAAAAGCAACCUGAAAUACAAGGAAGUAUAUGAAAAAAACAAGGCACAUAUCAACAUUGCUCCUGAUGCUCAUGAAAUUCGUGCCGCCAAAGAGGCCUACGGUAACAUCACCAAUCUUUACUACAAGAAGAAGUAUGAGGCCACCAAGAGCAAGUGGAUCUGGACUGUGGACAGACCUGAUUUUCUCCACGCCGCUAAGAACAGCCUCCAGCAGAGUGACGCUGAGUACAAGUACGAUAGGGAAAUGCUGAAGGGCUGUGUAAUGUCUGUCACAGAUGACAAAUUGACAAUUCUGGCUAAGCAGAACACAGAUCUCUCUAGUCUUGUGAAAUACAAGGAGAAGUAUGAGAAAGCCAGAGGCCAUUACCAUGUUGUACCUGACACUCCUCAAAUGAUUCAUGCUAAAUCAGCGGGAAAACUUGUUUCUGAGACCAGAUACAAGGAGGCCAGCAAGAAAGACCGCGCGACUGGUGGCUUCACCACUCUUCCUGAAACCCUUGAUACUGCCCACAGCAAAAAAAUGACAAAUAUCACAAGUCGUAAUGUGUACAAGGAGAAGUUUGAAAAGGAGAAAGGCAAGUCCAAUUACAACAACAUGAUAGCCCCCCCUGACGUUCAGCAUGCUAUGGAUGUAGCCAAGAAACAGAGCAACAUCGCCUAUAAACAAGAGGCGAAAUCCAAGCUGAACUACACUUCGGUUGCUGACCGCCCAGACAUCAGGAAAGCUAGACAAGCUUCCAAACUUAUUAGUAAUGUGGGUUAUCGUGACAAAGCUCGAGAGGAGGCCAGUCGUGGUGGAACAUUGCUCGGCCGACCUGAUAUUGCUCUUGCCACUGAAGUGUCCAAACUGACCAGCCUGGUGAAAUACAAGGAGAAGUUCGACAAGGAGAAAGGAAAGAGACCACAGUAUGAUCUAAGGAACAGCAAGAUUUAUAAAACUAUGAAGGAUGCUAAUGACCUUGCAAGCGAGGUGAAGUACAAAGGAGACCUGAAGAAGCUUCAUAAACCUGUUACUGACAUGGCCGAGUCCCUGUCCAUGCAGCACAGCCUGAGCACUAGCAAGCUGGCCAGUGAAUACCGGUACAAGAAGAAGUUUGAGGAAAGUAAGGGUCACUACCUUUUGAUAACCGACACACCUGAGCAACUUCACCACAAAGAGGCCUCAGAGCUACAAAGUCACGUGAAGUAUAAGGAGAAAUAUGAAAAAGAAAGAGGCAAAGCCAUGCUGGACUUUGAGACCCCUACAUACGUGACUGCUAUGGAGGCUCAACAUCUUCAGAGUCAGAAAGAGUAUAAGAAGGACUUUGAGGAGACAAUGAAAGGCAAGAACCUCUCUGGGUUGGAGGUCACCCCUGCCAUGGUGCAUGUCAGACACGCAACGAAAAUUGCUAGUGAGAAAGAAUACAGGAGGGAUCUUGAGGAAGGGGUUAAGGGUAAAGGUCUUACAAUGCUGGAGGAAACUCCUGAGUUAAUGAGAGCAAAGAAUGCUACUCAUAUCCUGUGCGAGAGAGAGUACAAGAAAGGAUUGGAGGAAGAUAUCAAGGGAAAAGGAAUGUUGGCGUUGGCUAAUGACACCCCAGACUUCUUAAGGGCAAGGAAUGCCACUGACAUCCUCAGUCAGACCAAGUACAAGCAGAGUGCGGAGCACAACAGAUCCACAUACACCACUGUACUUGACACCCCUGACAUUAUACACGCUCAGCAAGUCAGGAAUCUUGUGAGCCAGAAAAAAUACAAGGAGGAGGCUGAGAGGACCAUGUCUCAUUAUGUGCCCAUCCUGGACACUCCUGAGAUGCAGAGAGUGCGUGAGAACCAGAAAAACUUCAGCACCCUUCAGUACCAGCUUGACCUUAAAAACAGUAAGGGCAAAGUUUCAGCAGUUAAGGACACCCCUGAAAUGCUUCGUGUUAGAGAAAAUACAAAGAAUUUCAGCUCGAUCAAAUACAAGGAAGAGCUGGGUCAAGGAACAGCCAUAACGGAAACUCCUGAGAUGGAGAGAGUCAAACGCAAUCAGGAGGCUAUAAGCACGAUUAAAUACAGGAAUUCACUAGGUCAAGGCAUAUCUAUAUCCGACCUUCCUGAAGUGAAACGUGUACGGGAAACUCAGAAGAACAUCAGCUCGAUCCAAUACAAGGAGGGUUUGGGAGGAGGAACAGCUAUAUCAGAAACCCCUGAGAUGGAGAGGGUUAAACGCAAUCAGCAAAAUAUUAGCACGAUAAAAUACAAGAAUUUGGUGGGUCAAGGCACAGCCAUUCCGGACCUGCCCGAGGUGAAGCGGGUCAGAGAGAAUCAGAAGCACAUCAGCUCGGUCUUAUAUAAGGACACAUCUGCAAAGGGAACACCUGUGGUUUUCACUCCAGAGAUGGAGCGGGUGAAAAGGAACCAAGCUCAAAUUAGCUCGGUCCUGUAUUCUGACAGCUUCCGUAAGCAGGUGCAAGGCAAAGCCGCCUUUGUGCUUGACACCCCUGAGUUGAGACGUGUCAAAGAUUCUCAGCGUAUCAUCUCUGGGGUCAGAUACCACGAGGACUUUGAGAAGAGUAAGGGCAGCUUCACUCCCACCAUCUCUGACCCCAUAACUGAGCGUGUGAAGAGGACCACCCAGGCUUUCAGUGACAUCAACUACCGUGGCAUCCAGAGACGUGUCGUGGAGAUGGAGAGGAGACGUGCAGAGGAACACGAUCAGGAGACCACCACUGACCUGCGCGUGUGGCGCACAAACCCUGGCUCCGUCUUUGACUAUGACCCUGCUGAGGACAACAUCCAGUCUAGAAGUCUUCACAUGAUGUCAGUUCAAGCCCAGCGCCGCAGUAAGGAGCACUCCCGCUCCACCAGUGCAAUGAGCGGGGUGGGCGAUGAGAAGUCCGAGUUGUCCGAGAACGUGGACCACCGUACAUCUUUCUACAGCAAUGGCUUUGGGGUUUCCUCUUUUGGCUACCAGCAGACCAAGACUACUGAGGUUCAACAGAGAUCCUCCUCUGUGGCCACACAGCAGACCACCGUUUCUUCUGUACCCUCACAUCCCUCAACCACUGGAAAAACCGUCCGUGCCCUGUACGACUAUGCUGCCACUGACAACGAUGAGGUGUCCUUCAGGGAUGGCGAUGUCAUCGUGAAUGUGCAGUCCAUUGAUGAAGGCUGGAUGUAUGGCACAGUGCAGCGUACUGGAAAGACUGGUAUGCUGCCAGCCAACUAUGUGGAUGCUAUUUAAAUACAACUGCUGCCAUCUCAGACUCCCUCUGUAGGGGAGUUUGAUAGCCACUGGGCUUAAGACACUUGUAUACACGUUACACUUUUGUUUGUCUUCUUUACUGUAUGAUUCAUUUGUGCCCAUGUCAUAAAAUCUAUUGUGGUUGUGGCAUGUGAAACUGACUAAACUAUGCAUACCUAUUUAAGUCACAGAUAAUAAUAUUUAUUUGUUCAAAGUCUAAAAGAGUUAACUAACUAAAGCCCAUUAUUUUUGUAUGUUGCAAAUCACACUACAUUCAAAAUCUUUGGAUAGCCUAGUAAGUUGCAGAAUUUAAUCUUUUGUACAACAGAUGGGCUCAUAAUUCACUUUAUACGUGACAAGGAAAACGUUCGAUCAAGCGAUCGUUUUUUAAGAACUGAACAGACAGAAGCACCAAGUUUGCCACAUGAAAAGCAAAAUGAAAAAUAUUAAACUUGCAAAUGAUAAGGAGACUCAAGCGAUUCCUCCCAAGUGAAACCAUAAAAAGUUAAAAACGAGCCUCCUCCCUCCCUUGCUGAAGGCUGGCCAUUAUUUUGCAUGUGUGUUUUGUUUCUUUGAUUCUGUAGGUUUGGAGUUAGAGGAAAAUGUUUACCUUGAAUCAGUAGCUAAUAAAGCACACCGCACUUCUGCAGUAAA